ACAACCGGUCCAGCCCCGCCGAGCGCACAUCGAGUCUCGCGGCAUUUGGUUGCCGUUUCCAUGGUGCUGGUGGUAAAUAGACGGUUCAGGAAUAACUGCUCAGAGCAGCGGCAUCGUCAAGAUGCCACCCAAAAAGAAGAAAGGGAAAGGAGGCAAGAAAGCAAAAACGCCAACGGUGAUCGAUGGCCUUUCUACAGAGGCAAUGUCCAAGGAGCAGUUGGAGGAACACAUUGUUCGGCUGCGUGAAGAACUUGACAGAGAACGAGAAGAACGGAAUUACUUUCAACUUGAACGAGACAAAAUUCACACAUUUUGGGAGAUCACUAAGAGGCAACUGGAGGAGAGGAAGUCGGAGUUAAGAAACAAAGAUCGAGAAAUGGAGGAUGCAGAGGAACGACACCAGGUCGAAAUUAAAGUCUAUAAGCAAAAAGUCAAACAUUUAUUGUAUGAACAUCAGAACAACCUUGCUGAGUUGAAGGCAGAAAAUACGGUAGCCAUGAAACUGGACCAAAAAGAGCAUCUUGACCAAGAAAGUGUUAUGCAAACUGAUAUUAGAAACUUAAAGGUGCAGCUGAAGGAACAAGAGCUCUCCAAUCAAAACAUGGUGAAAACCUUGAAAUUGAAAAAUGAUGAAGAGAUUACAAGAUUGUGGAAUGAUUUUGAGAAACAAUCACAAGAUAUCGAGGCUAAGUAUCAAAAGAAGAUGGAUGUUUUGCGAGAUGAAAUGGAAUUGAAAAGAAAAACAGAAAUUCAUGAAAUUGAAGAAAGAAAGAAUGGUCAGAUCAAUGCCUUGAUGAAAAACCAUGAAAAAGCAUUCAGUGAUAUCAAAAAUUACUACAAUGACAUUACUCUUAACAACCUCGCGUUAAUUAAUUCAUUGAAGGAACAAGUGGAAGAUAUGAAGUUAAAAGAAGAACGACUAGAAAAGGAAAUGUCGGAGGUUCAAUUUCAGAAUAAGCGACUGACAGAGCCACUGCGGAACGCAAAAGACGAGGUGACAAGACUUACUAAAUUAUUGGCCAACUACGAACAAGAUAAAGGUUUUCUUUCUAGAGCUAGAGCAAAGCUUAAACUUAUGGACAAAGAAAUGAAGCAGUUCAGGUGGGAGCAUGAAGUGUUAGAACAGCGUUUUUGCAAGGUUCAAGAAGAACGGGAUGAUCUAUAUAACAAGUUUGACAAAGCCAUUCAAGAGGUUCAGCAGAAAACUGGUUUGAAGAAUGUUAUCCUUGAGCAGAAACUUAGUGUCCUGUCUGAGUGCCUGGAGAAGAAAGAAGCACAGCUAAAUGAGGUCCUUGCUGCUUCUAACCUUGACCCCACUGCACUCAGUAUGAUCAGUCGCAAACUGGAGGAUGUCCUGGACUCCAAGAACAAUGUUAUAAAGGACUUGCAGUAUGAACUAGCUCGGGUUUGUAAGGCACACAACGAUUUGCUGCGAACAUAUGAAGCAAAACUGACUGCAUUUGGAAUUCCAGUAGAUGAGCUUGGAUUCAAACCACUAGAGACUGCCUUUUGUGGACAGAAGAUUGGUCAGGGCCCAGCUGGGCUGGUUGCUGCUUCAACAUAGAUACCUCUCUGAGACAGUCAAAUGAAGAUGAUACUUUACAAAACAUGAUUCAGAGGUGACAGAUGUGGUGGAUGAGGUAAUUGCCGUGGAUGUUGUUUAAAUGGACUUUCAGAUAGCUCUUGACUGUACCAUAUCAGAGGCUAUAGGAGACAAUUAAAGGUUGCUGAUUAGGAUAAAGAGUUAAUUCAAUGUAUAUCAAUGAUCUGGAUAUAAGGGAGGAGACAAUUAAAUCCAAAUUUUAAUAUAGCAAAAUGGUAAAAAUAGUAAAUAAUUCUGAGAAUCAAAAGAAACUGCACCUGAUUACUAAUAAGAUAGUGGAAUGGAAUAAAAGUGGCAGAUCAAAUUAAGUGUCACUAUGAGAUAGUUCAGUUUUGUUUAACGGAAUAAUAAUAAGAGAUAACAAAUAUAAAACAUAAAUUAAAUCGUAAGCUUGUACAAAGACAGUAUUAGCUUCCACAAUAUAUGACAUUCAACUUUACUUCCUUCAUUAAUCUAGAAGCUGUCACUAAUUUAAGUAAGCUGUAUACAUGACAUUGACUUGAAUGAAAUAAAAGUCCCUCCCAAUAGAUUUAGUCAUGGAAUAAAAGAACAGAAUAAAGGGACAGUGAUAACUUAGAUAAGUAACUGGCUAGAGUAUAGGAAGCAGGAUGUAACAGUUGCUUUUCCAGCUGGAGAUGAUGAUAUCAUGGGGACAUCCAGGUCAGUAUUAGGACCAUUAUUUGUCUUGACUUAGACUUGAAAUUAGAGAGUACAAUUGCAAAGUUUCCAGAUUAUGUAACAUUUGCAAAUGCAGCAAAUAAUAAGUAUGGUAAUGACAAACUUUGGAAGGAUGUAGGCAAGCUGAUGUAAUGGACAGAUAUAAUUUCAUGUGGAUAAAUGUGAAACAAUGCACUUUGGGGGAAAUAACGUAGAGAGGUAGGAUAGCCCAAAUGACUUCAUUUUGAUAGUGUGAAAGUCAGAGACCUGGAAAUACAAAGUCAAACAUUUUUGAAGAUGAUGGGCCAAGCUGAUAAAAUGCUUACGAAAGCAUUUGGGAUAUUUGUAUUUAUAACUAAGAGAAUAGAAUACAAAAUCAAGGAUGUUUUGCUAAAUCUCUGCUAACCACGAACUAACCCAUUGUGAUACUUCUGGGUAACAUGGUUAAAGAAGGAUAUUGUGACCUUCUGAAACAAUUAAUUACCUCCUGUAGUGGAGGCCUAGUAGGGUGGUGAAAUCAGAAAUGUUUUCCUUCAAACAGAAAAUGUUAAGCCCAGAUUUAACAGAGAUAUUCAAAAUUAUGAGGGGUUUUGAUAGAGCAUUUAGAGAGAAAUUAUUUCCUCUACCAAAUGGUUGGUAACCAAAGGUCAUAAAUUUUAAGAAGAAUUAAGAAAAAUUAUUGAAACUCUUUUCACGCAAAGGAUUGUUCAGUUCUGGAGCGCAUGCUCUGAAAGGGUGGUGAAAACAAAUUCCUUAAGAAAUUGUUUGCUUGGUUUGGAUAUUACAUACACCUAUUUUUACUUUUCCCACAGUUUAGCAGGUUAAUUAUCAACUUGUUAAUACAGGGACUUUUAAAAAGACAUGUACUGGAAGAGAACAAAUUUACAAGCACACAUUAAAAAGGUAGGGUAAGGAAUUAAAUUACACAACUCUUUCAAAAGCUGGCACAGACAUGAUUGGCUGAAUUACCUGAUUCUAAUAUGAUGUAAUUAAAAUCAAAACAAAGAAGUUCAGAAUCUCAGUGAAAUGUUUCGUCCUACCAGAAUGUCUUCUCCCUUAUUCAUUCUGUAAACCAGAGUAUUCUCUGUAACCUCUGAAAAAUUGUUUCGCUUCAAGCAUCCUCUGUAUCAUUGCAGUACAGUAUCUUUUCCAUUACCUUUAUCACAGUAAUGUGCAUUUAUAUAGCACCUUUAUUACAAAAUAUCUGAAGGUGCUUCACAGGAGUUCUAUCAAACAAAAUUUGACACUGAAUCCCAUCAAGCAAUGUCAGGACAGGUGACUAAUUACAUACGUCUUAAGAAAAUUCUUAAAUGGAGAGGCAUAACUGGUGAGACAGAGAGGUUUAAGGAACAUAUUCUAGAGUUUAGUCCAUAACCAGUUGAAGAUAUGGCUGCCGAAAGUGAAAUAUGUAAAAUUAGGAAUAUCGAAGAGUCCAGAAACGGGGAAGGGUCAAGGACUAGAAACUUAAAAUUGAGAUUUUGUGAACUGUGUGUCAAUAUACGCCAGCACAGGAAGAGGAAUGAACAGAAUUGGCGUAAAUUAGGAUGGCAAUAUUGGGAUGUGAUGUAGUUUAUGGAGGUUUUUGAAAGGGAGAUAGAAGUGAGAGCUUUGGCACAGUGAGGUCUAAAGGCAACAAAAGCAAAGGUGAGGGUUCUAGCAGCAGGUGAGCUGAGGCAGAGAAAUAACAGAUGAUGGCAUGGCAGUGGAAAUAGACAACUUUCAUGAUGGUGCACCUUGAGGUUUAAAUUCUUUAUUGCUCUCCACCCUGCUCCUAUGCUGCACAAAGUGUUUGUUGCAAACAUGUCAACUCAUGCCUUCACCCACACAAGAUUGCACAUGUAAAUCAUUUCCCACUUCUACUAAUGGUAUUCUUUGAGAUUAACUUUGGUUUCCAUCCUUAUAUUCAGAUCCCUGCCGUACACAAGCCUUGGUAUUUUCCUUUAUCUUUUUACACAAGAACAAUGUAUGGAGCACUUCUACAGGCACUUCACAGAAACAUUGUGAAACAAAAUCUAACACCAAGCCACAAGAGGAGGAAUGAGGUCAGAUGACCAAAAGCUUCGUGGUCAAAGAGGCAGGUUUUAUGGAAGGUUUUGAAAUAGGAAGGUGAACUUGUGAGACUGGUGGAUAGGGAAAGAAUACAAGUGCCUGGGCCAAGGCAACUGAAGGCACAGUCACCAUUGGGAAAGUGAUUAAAAUUGGGGAUGUUCAAGAGGCUAGAAUGAGGAGAUAUCUCAGAGGAUUGAGGGAUUGGAGGAGGUUACAAAAGCUAGGGAGUGGAGGUGAUGCCAUGAAGAGACAACAGCAUCUUUCAUUUAUACAAUUCAUGAACUACAGGCAAGUAUCUUGUGGUACUUCACAAAAGCUUACCAGACAAAUCACUAAGGAUUCUUUGAGAACACAAUUCAAAUUCACAACUUCCACCAUCCAGAAGGGCAAUGACAGCAAAUACAUGGGGGAACACCAUCACCUGAAAAUUCCCCUCCAAGUCACACACCAUCCUGACUUAGAACAAUAUCACUGUUUCUGACUGCUGUGGAGUCAAAAUCUUGUAACUUCCUUGCUAGUAGCACUGUAGAUCUAUCUACAUCAAAUGGAUUGAAGCAGGUCAAGGAAGCAGCUCACCACCACCUGGGCCAUAAAACCUGGCCUAGCUAAUGAUGCCCAGAUCCCAAGAACCAAUAAGAAAAGAAGUUGGACGGAGCUAAAGAAGAACUUGGAACCAAAAGCUUUGUAAAAGACUUGCGUUUUAGAGAUUGUUUAAAGGACACAAUGCAUAUUAGCAAAGGAAGUAAAUACUAUAUACAUUUUUUGUUUCUUUGACCUAAUUUAACUUUGUAAUCCUUCUUAUUGACUUAAGUUUUAUGAAUACUGGAACGCAAAUAAAAAUAUUUUCCUUGAAUCUGUUAAAUACAGGGCAUUGUGUACAAUAUUUAUCUGUGAUAAAUGUAAGUGAUACGGGUCGAGGGUUUUCAGUAACAGAACCUUGCUCUGCAGCUUCACAUGUUGGUUUCAUAUGGCUUCACAUUUGGCAGUGAAUGGUGCUUACAACUGCUGGCCCAUGCAAAAAAAGAGGCGUUGGAUUGUCUCGUGUCAUAUAAUUUUGACUGAGGUGGAGAGUGAAUGAUACUGAAUGUCU